ACUCAGACUUAAAAGUUGAGGCAUUUCUGCUCUCCUUAUUUCACUCUGCAGGUUGGAGUAAGCAAGAAAUUUGAACAAGGAAGAAAAUGGGAAACAAAUCAGAACAAGAAGAGUUGUUACUGAACCACUCAAAAAAUUCAAGAAAGGGUGGUCUAAUAACUAUGCCUUUCAUCAUAGUGAAUGAAUCAUGUGAGAAAUUGGCAAGUUAUGGAUUGCUCCCAAACAUGAUAAUCUACCUAACAACAUUUUAUCAUAUGGAAGCUGCUUCUGCUUCAGUCUUGCUUGCAUUAUGGACAGCACUUUCAAAUGGCUUAGGUCUUUUUGGUGCCUUUCUUUCUGAUUCUUACUUGGGAAGGUUUAGGGCUGUUGCUAUUGGAACCAUCUCCAGUCUAAUUGGAAUGUGUAUUCUUUGGCUCACCACAAUAAUUCCACAACUCCGGCCUUUACCUUGCGGUCAGUAUCAACAUGGUUGUAAUGGAACAACAGCAGUCCAACUUGCUAUACUUUUGUGUUCUUUUGGGCUUAUUGCCAUUGGUACUGGUUUUAAUAGACCUUGUUCCAUAGCAUUUGGUGCUGACCAAUUGGAGAACAAAGAAAAUCCAGAUAACGAGAGGCUUAUAGAUAGCUAUUUCAACUGGUAUUAUGCCAGUGUAGGAGUUUCACUUGUUCUUGCAGUUACUGUAAUUGUUUAUAUCCAAGACCAUUUUGGUUGGCAAAUUGGGUUUGCUGUCCCCGCUUUGCUCAUGAUUAUAUCUGUUUCCAUUUUCUUGAUCGGAUCUCCUCUUUAUAUCAAAGCAAAAGCUAGAGGGAGUUUGUUCACUGGAUUGUUUCAAGUAGCAGUGGCAGCCUUCAGAAAAAGACAUAUCAAUGUUCAGUUGAAUAAUAAUGACGACUGCUACUAUAGAGAACCUGAAUCGAACCUCCUGGAACCAUCUGCUGACUUCAGGUGUUUGAAUAGAGCUUGCAUAAUUGAAGAUCCUCACGUGGAAUUGAAACCUGAUGGAAAAGUUUCAGAUCCAUGGAAUCUUUGCUGUGUGGAACAAGUGGAAUUAUUGAAGUGUUUUCUUAGAGUUCUUCCCAUGUGGUCCACCUGUCUUAUCCUUCUUGUGGCGAUAGGUCAGACAUUUUCGAUAUUUCAAAUGAUGACCAUGGAUAGACAUGUAUUCUCUCUGUUUGAAAUCCCAGCAGGAUCAUUUGGCAUAAUUACCCUUAUUGCUUGGACAAUCUGGGUUGCUCUUUACGAUCGUAUUUUGGUGCCUUUGCUGUCGAGGUAUACUGGACAUCCCACAGGACUAAGUCCUGUUUCUAGAAUGGGGAUUAGCUUAAUUCUAGGCUGCAUGGCUACUGCACUUCAAGCAAUAACAGAAACCAUACGACGCAAUAAGGCAAUUGAGGCAGGGUUUGAGGAUGACCCCAACGCUGUAUUAAACAUGUCCUGGAUGUGGCUCGUGCCACAGUUUGCCCUAUACGGGGUGGCUGAGGCUUUUAAUGUGGUUGGACAGAUUGAGUUCAUAUACAGUCUAUUUCCGAAAAGCAUGUCUAGCUUUGCAUCAGCUAUGUACACAUUUGGCCUUGCUAUUGCCAGCUUAAUUAGCAGUUUCUUGGUGAGCAUGGUGGAUAAUGUUACCUCAGCCGGAGGCAACACAAGCUGGCUCGCGAGCAACAUAAAUAGAGGUCACCUAGAUUAUUUUUAUUGGCUACUUACUUUCUUAAGUUUCAUUAACUUGCUCUAUUUUAUGGUCGUUUAUCGGUUUACUGAGCAUCAUCAUGAUGGUAGGAACAGCUUAUAUCAUGAGGCAGAAGAGUGAGAGUAGCCUUUAACAUGGUGCUUCAUUGUAACAUGUAAUAAUGUAGUAAAUCUUGAAAACACUAGUAUCCCUCAUGUAAUAGCUACUUAACCUUUAAUAUUUUGCGUAUUUUAA